ACCUUUUUCAUUACCAUCAAACAUUGACCUUACACCUACUCAUUAUCUCUAGAAACUUGAUUAUCCGUUCAUAUUACUUUCUCAUAUACAUCAUGAAACUCUAUGCUCUCUUCGUUGUCCGCAACAAUGUCAAGCCCGCCAAGACUGUGAUUGAUGCCAAGGAUCUCAGCGGCUUUGGCUUCUUCCAGAGGUCAAGUGUGGGCGAGUUCAUGACAUUUAUGGCGCAAACCAUUGCUGAGAAGACACAGCCAGGGCAGCGUCAGAGCAUUGAAGAAUCCAGCUAUGUGGGGCAUGUGUAUGCAAGAUCAGAAGGUGUUGCAGGAGUAGUGGUGACGGAUAAGGAGUAUCCUACACGAGUGGCAUUUGGACUGUUGAACAAAAUUCUGGACGAGUUUACGUCCAAGUAUCCGAACCCUGCGUUAUGGGCAUCGCCUGAACAGAUUCAAUACCCAGAGUUGCAGCAGUAUUUGGUCACAUACCAGGACCCCAAGCAAGGAGAUACGAUCAUGAAAGUGCAACGUGAGCUGGAUGAGACGAAAAUCAUUCUCCACAAGACAAUUGAGAGUGUGCUUGAGCGAGGCGAGAAGAUGGAAAGUCUGGUAGAGCGUUCAGAUGUGCUGUCGAGUCAGUCAAAGAUGUUUUACAAGACAGCAAAGAAGCAAAACUCCUGCUGCGUUAUCUGCUAAAAGAAAGAAAGGAGAGUCAACAAAAAAAAAAAGAAGAUACAUCGCCAAUAGUUGGAAAAAGUAC